AUGUGCAGGUGGCAGGCCGAAGGGCGCGCGAACUCCCUUGGCCCGCACCUGCUCAAGUCGCCCUGGCACCAAGAGUGGGACACCUACACCUGGGACAUGGUCGCCAACGACCUGAUCUUGACCGGCGACGUGACGCCGAAGGAAGUGGUCGAGAAGACCAGCAAGCGCUGGGACAAGCUGCAAAAGAAGUACACCCAGCUUGAGCGCACGACCCACUACGUCGCCUGA